CCACCACCGAUCACAGCUCAGUUCACUCCAUACCCUCUUCUCCACCAGAGCCUCGAUCGAUCCAUCUCGACCUCGAGCCAAGAUGUUCAUCGAGAGCUUCCGUGUGGAGAGCCCCAACGUGCGGUACGGCGCCGGCGAGAUCCAGUCGGAGUACCGCUACGACACCACCGAGCUCGUGCACGAGAGCCACAACGGCGCAUCCAAGUGGGUCGUCCGCCCCAAGUCCGUCGGAUACCAGUUCAGGACCGACACCAAUGUCCCCAAGCUCGGGGUGAUGCUUGUGGGCUUGGGCGGCAACAAUGGCUCCACACUCAUGGCUGGUGUCAUCGCCAACAAGGAGGGGAUCUCAUGGGCGACCAAGGACAAGGUGCAGCAAGCCAACUACUUCGGCUCCCUCACCCAGGCCUCCACCAUCAGGGUCGGAAGCUACAACGGAGAGGAGAUCUAUGCGCCCUUCAAGAGCCUCCUGCCCAUGGUGAGCCCAGAUGACAUCGUGUUCGGAGGCUGGGACAUCAGCAGCAUGAACAUGGCUGAUGCUAUGACCAGGGCCAAGGUGUUGGACAUUGACCUGCAGAAGCAGCUUAGGCCCUACAUGGAGUCCAUCGUUCCACUUCCUGGUAUCUACGACCCGGACUUCAUCGCUGCCAACCAGGGGUCCCGGGCCAACAAUGUCAUCAAGGGCACCAAGAAAGAGCAGAUGCAGCAGAUCAUCAAGGACAUCAGGGAGUUCAAGGAGAAGAACAAGGUGGACAAGGUAGUUGUGCUCUGGACUGCUAACACUGAAAGGUACAGUGCUGUCUCUGUUGGGCUUAAUGACACGACCGAGAACCUCUUGGCGUCUGUGGAGAAGAACGAGGCAGAGAUCUCUCCAUCAACACUGUAUGCCAUCGCUUGCGUCAUGGAGGGUGUGCCUUUCGUCAACGGGAGCCCUCAGAACACCUUCGUGCCUGGGCUGAUCGAUCUUGCUAUCAAGAACAACUGCCUGAUUGGUGGUGAUGAUUUCAAGAGUGGCCAGACCAAGAUGAAGUCUGUCUUGGUUGACUUCCUUGUUGGCGCUGGCAUCAAGCCCACCUCAAUUGUCAGCUACAACCAUCUGGGGAACAAUGAUGGCAUGAACCUAUCUGCACCACAGACAUUCAGGUCCAAGGAGAUCUCCAAGAGCAACGUGGUGGAUGACAUGGUCUCGAGCAAUGCCAUCCUCUUUGAGCCCGGGGAACAUCCUGAUCACGUCGUUGUGAUCAAGUAUGUGCCGUACGUUGGAGACAGCAAGAGGGCCAUGGAUGAGUACACCUCGGAGAUCUUCAUGGGGGGCAAAAGCACCAUUGUAAUGCACAACACCUGCGAGGACUCGCUCCUCGCUGCACCGAUCAUCCUUGACCUGGUGCUCCUGGCCGAGCUCAGCACAAGGAUUCAGCUCAAGUCAGAGGGAGAGGACAAGUUCCACUCCUUCCACCCAGUUGCUACCAUCCUGAGCUACCUCACCAAGGCACCCCUCGUCCCUCCUGGCACACCGGUGGUGAACGCUCUGGCGAAGCAGAGGGCCAUGCUCGAGAACAUCAUGAGGGCCUGUGUCGGCCUGGCACCUGAGAACAAUAUGAUCCUGGAGUACAAGUGAAGAGGAUUGAGGGCGGCGGAGCCGAGACCAAACCGUACGUAGCAAGUGGCGAAUGUAUGGAUGGAAGGGUAGGAGGAAGGCGAGAUUAGCUGUGGAAUUAUUUGGCUUGUCUUGUGUUUCUUUUGCGAUUCUUUCCCCAGUUAAGUUACUCUCCUGUGUGCUUGCGAGACUCUGUAGUGUCCGGGCUCUGCAACUAGCAGCAGCCUCAUAUGGUUUGUCGGAUAAUGUCGGUGUUAGCUUAUGUUAGUCCCCUUCAUUCCUCUGUUGGUAACUUAGUACUGGAGCUUUCAGUUAACGACGACUUGAGCUCAGUGUUUUA